AUGGAUAACUAUCCUCAUCUAACUCUAGAGCGGCGCAAGAGGCUUUUCACUGGUGCUGUUGCAAUUGCUGCCAUCUGUGCACAAUACACUACCCUUCUCAUGGCCCAGCCCGAAGUCAACAAUCCCCCUCAGACUAGGGCUUCCAAUGCCCAGUGGAAUGAUCAAGAAGUUACUACCCUCAUCAACUUUCUAUAUGAUCAUUGCUCAGAGGGCACUGGGGGUCACUUCAAGCCAAAGGUUUUUGGAUCUGCUGCACAAUUCAUUAACGAUGAUGAAGAGCUUGCCCUCAAUCAACUGGGUCCACCAAAGACAUCAAAAUCAGUUCGAAACAAGUGGAUAUUGCUCAAGAAUGUAUAUUAUGCUAUCGAGAAGUACUGUAACCAGACAGGAGUACACUGGGACAAUGAGGUUGGAGCAGGGAUCCAAGAUCCUGCGGCGGCAGGUGUUUGGACAACAUAUGGUCAGAACAACAAUUUGAUAAGUCCAUUCCACAACAAGGGAUGGGAGUAA